CGCCUCGGGGGCGGCUGCCCCCGGCCGAGCCUCCAUCUGCAGCCCGGCGGCGGGAGCGGGAACAUGGCGGACCUGGAGGCGGUGCUGGCCGAUGUCAGCUACCUGAUGGCGAUGGAGAAGAGCAAGAGCACGCCGGCGGCCCGGGCCAGCAAGAAGAUCACGCUGCCCGAGCCCAGCAUCCGCAGCGUCAUGCAGAAAUACCUCGAGGAAAGGGGUGAAUUAACCUUUGACAAGAUCUUCCAUCAGAGAAUCGGAUUUUUGCUCUUUAAAGACUAUUGCAUGAAUGAAAUCGAUGAAGCCGUCCCUCAGCUGAAGUUCUAUGAAGAGAUCAAAGAAUACGAGAAGCUGGACUCCGAGGAGGAGCGCCUGAGCAGGAGCCGCCAGAUCUACGACACGUACAUCAUGAAGGAGCUGCUCUCCUGCUCCCACCCUUUCUCCAAACAAGCUGUAGAUCACGUACAAACACAUUUAUCCAAGAAGCAAGUGCCAGCCAGCCUUUUCCAGCCAUAUAUAGAAGAGAUCUGCGAUAGCCUCCGAGGGAAAAUAUUCCAAAAAUUUAUGGAAAGUGACAAGUUUACUAGAUUCUGUCAAUGGAAAAAUGUAGAGCUAAAUAUUCAUCUGACCAUGAAUGACUUUAGUGUACAUAGAAUAAUUGGAAGAGGGGGAUUUGGUGAAGUGUACGGUUGCAGAAAAGCAGACACUGGAAAAAUGUAUGCAAUGAAAUGUUUAGAUAAGAAGAGAAUCAAGAUGAAGCAAGGAGAAACAUUAGCCUUAAAUGAAAGAAUUAUGCUGUCUCUCGUCAGUACGGGAGACUGCCCUUUCAUAGUGUGUAUGACCUAUGCCUUCCACACCCCUGACAAACUAUGUUUCAUUCUGGACCUGAUGAAUGGAGGAGAUUUGCACUACCACCUCUCCCAGCACGGAGUGUUUUCUGAAAAAGAAAUGAGGUUUUAUGCUACUGAAAUCAUCCUGGGCUUAGAACACAUGCACAAUCGCUUCGUUGUAUACCGAGACCUAAAGCCUGCAAAUAUCUUGCUGGAUGAACAUGGGCACGUGAGGAUAUCAGAUCUGGGGCUGGCCUGUGAUUUCUCCAAAAAGAAGCCACACGCAAGUGUAGGUACCCAUGGAUACAUGGCUCCAGAGGUGCUGCAGAAGGGAACGGCGUACGACAGCAGUGCGGACUGGUUCUCAUUAGGCUGCAUGCUCUUCAAACUUCUGAGAGGUCACAGUCCUUUCAGACAGCACAAAACCAAAGAUAAGCACGAGAUCGACCGGAUGACGCUCACCGUGAAUGUGGAGUUACCGGAUUCCUUUUCUCCUGAACUAAAAUCCCUUUUGGAGGGGCUCCUGCAGCGGGACGUUAGCAAGAGGCUUGGAUGCCAGGGGAGAAGUGCACAAGAAGUAAAAGAACAUCCUUUCUUCAAAGGGAUUGAUUGGCAGCAAGUAUAUUUACAAAAGUAUCCUCCCCCAUUGAUUCCUCCCCGAGGAGAAGUAAAUGCAGCAGAUGCUUUUGAUAUUGGGUCGUUUGAUGAAGAGGACACUAAAGGCAUUAAGUUGCUCGAUAGUGACCAGGAGUUAUAUAAGAACUUCCCACUGGUAAUAUCAGAGCGUUGGCAGCAAGAAGUAGCAGAAACUGUUUAUGAUGCAGUGAAUGCAGACACGGAUAAAAUUGAGGCCAGAAAAAGGGCUAAAAAUAAGCAGCUUGGCCACGAGGAAGAUUACGCCCUUGGGAAGGACUGCAUUAUGCACGGGUACAUGCUGAAGCUGGGGAACCCAUUCUUGACUCAGUGGCAGCGGCGUUACUUUUACCUCUUCCCAAACCGACUUGAAUGGCGGGGAGAAGGAGAGUCACGGCAAAACCUCCUGACAAUGGAACAAAUAGUGUCUGUUGAAGAAACGCAGAUUAAAGAUAAGAAAUGCAUCCUGCUGAGAAUUAAAGGAGGAAAGCAGUUUGUCCUGCAGUGUGAGAGCGACCCAGAAUUUGUUCAGUGGAAGAAAGAGCUGACAGAAGCUUUCACUGAGGCUCAGAGGUUGCUGCGCCGGGCGCCCAAGUUCCUCAAUAAAUCUCGCUCCACAGUCGUAGAGCUCUCCAAGCCACCGCUCAGCCACAGGAAUAGCAAUGGUCUGUAGGAGGGGGAGAGAACAAAUCUCGCUUAGGGAAAGCGCUGCGUGAACAUGUUGAGUUUCACAGAAUCCUUAUGAAUUACUUUGUGCAGCCCUGGAAGUGGGAUGUGCUCAGAAGAGGAAGAAUUAGAUGUUUACAGCAUGGGGUAAUGUCAGAACUCUGACUCUGGAGGUGGUGAAGUCUGGAACAACGGCAAGUGAAUUCAUGCUCCUAGCAGAGGUGGAAACCCUCAAACGUAGAGGCUGCAUUUUGCUCCCAUGCAUUCCUGCGCCCUGGCGGUGCCCGGAAUGGUCCGUUACGCUGGAACUACUGAUGGAAGGAAGCUGUUGUCCCUGCAGUACCCUUGUUUGGUGCAUACCAAGCCUGGAAACUGCGAUGGUUACUGCUAGCUAGGGUUACACGUGUGUGUAACACCGAAGAACCCCUCAACUUUGGAAGGAGCUGCAGACUUGCCCUGUUGGAUCACCUUUAAUCUGUCGUGUUGCCAUGUCCUUCCCAGCCGUUACUGCUGACUCUAUAAUAACCUUUCUCCAUACUGCUGAUGAUCAACAGUGUGACUCUUAUGCACUUCAGAGUACUGAAUUCUAACUGUCCUGUGGUUUAAAUGUUAUUGCUACUUCAUGGAAACGUUGAACUCAGAUUAUUCACUUGGUUUGUUGUACUCACUAAAUAGUAGCUACCACCAUUUUGCUUCUUCUACGUAUAUGCAGUACUAUAACUGACACAAUAGAGUAAUAAUUGGUGAAGAGGAAUUUAUGGUAGCUUCAUCUAGUGCUCUGUUGUAUAAACUGACUGUUUUAGCACAGUUUUUAAAGAGCAGAUUCCUUUUGACAAGUUUACAGCGAACAUAAAGACAGUUCUUUUCCAUUUCAGGUCAACUGCACUUUUUAAAAAUUAAAAAAAAAAAAAAAGAAAAAAAAAAAAAGAAAUUAUUCAAAUCCAAUGCAUUCUAGUGCAUGUACUGGGUGAAAAGGCCUGGGGACCUCGGUACGUAUUCCGGAUGGCUCUUCACUUAUGGGACGUGUGGAUCUUCUCUGUUGUGCACCACACAUGGCAGGUGUGUGCUUGUAGCAUAGCUAGCCCAGGUGCUCCCUGCAGCCGAGCUCAGGAGGUCCGUGUGUGCAGCACACGGCUCGGAUGGCAACUGGAUUUUUACUUUUCUUUCCUAGAGAAAUCAAAACGUCCACGUUGAAAACAGUCUGGGAAAGCUGAGGAUGGAACGUAGCAAAUGAGCUGAUCCAAUGGCAGAUCCGCCCGAACGCUGCUCGAGACAUCGGUCGUGUCAUGUGGAAACUCUUAACUUGACAAAAUGAAGAUAUAAUCUCUAAUUGUUAGGCAACUCGAAGCGUGUGGUGGCCGCCUCUCCCUGGUUGCUGUGGUGUCGGGGCUGAGUUUGAGCUUUUUUUCCUCUUUUCUUGCCAUAGAAAUCACUUUCUGCCCUGUCACAGCUCUCACAGUACCUGCAGGUGGUGGGAAAUGCCUCUGUAAGGGAGGCUCCUGUGCCCUUGCAUGAGAGGGAGCCCCUCACUGCUGCCGUGUUCCCAUGGAAGGAGUGGUGCCCUUGGGAGGGGAUCCCUGAGAGCCAGGCGGUCUCUUGGUGCGUGAUUUUUCCCAUUUAUUUUUUGAGUUACCCUGUGAAAGGAGUACAGAAUUCACCAAGCUUGCUGGUAAGAGAUGCUUAACAUCUCGGCAUCCUCAGGAAGGAGCAAUGCUGGUGUUUACCCAUGGUUGGGAUGGAGAAUUCCCAUCAUGCUGGCACUAACAGCACACUGGGUAUCAUGAUGUUCUUCCCCCAGUGCCGUGCAUGUUUCUUAUUGGGUUGGAAAGAAAACUCCAAACAAGAUCAACUCUACUCUCAGCUUUCCCAUAGCUCAUUCGUAUUGCCUCAGUUCAUCACGGGUCCCAUUGAGCUCCUCUGUGCACUUCCCACAGCCGUGUGCUGCUCCGGAUGCAGUGCAGCAGAGCUGUGCCAGCAGGGGAGCGCUGCCCCAGCACCACUUUGGCACCCACUGACACCACAGCUGUCAGCAGGAGUGCUUGGCAUUGAUGUCUGUGGGUGUUUGCACAGAGCAUGGCGUUGGUCACUGAGGACGUGAGGAGCAGUGCUGCUUUGUAUGCAUGGUGACCACGGUAUGGCUCGUUUCGUUUUGGUUUUUUUCCAAGUUCAGGGAAAUAAAGAUAAAAGAAACCAGAGCUUCGGGCAUCAGCAGAGCGAGGCGAAUGAUUAAGCACAGGUUUUUUUUAACAAUUAGUCUGACAGUCCCUUUAAAAAAUGAUCCAGACUUAGGAGGACUUAGGCACGCAGGGAGUAGCUGCUUACAUUGCAGCACUGAGAGAUGCUAGAUAAACCACGGCGGGCGCUCGCUGACGUACCCACAUGCCUCCAGCACCGCAGGGGUCGUCUGUUGCUCUCUGGGUCUGAUUGUGUGAGCUGAUAGCAUGGAGGCAUUGGGCUGUGAGGUGGCUGCAGGGUUUGGAUGUGUGCUUGCUGCAGGUUUGGACUCAGGGGCUUUGGCAGACUGUCGGUGUGUCCCAGUGCUGCUGGCAUAAGCUGGGCAGUUCUCUCCAAACGGAGUGGGUAUUUUGUGAUGCAUGGGACUGCUGAAGGGACUGCCCCACGUCACCAAGUGUGGGUGCAGGAGGGGCUGUCGUGCAGUGUACAGUGGGAAGUAAAUAGUUGUUGCCGUGUCUAUUGAUGUAAGGAAGGAGAUUCCUGUUCUGCACAUGGGAAACCUGAAAAACGUAUUUUGAAAAAGCAUAGUAUUAAUUUUAAUAUUGUAAAAAAAAAAAAAAAAAAAAAAAAAAAAAAAAAAAAGAAA